AAAUUAAAAGGACAGUAAGGAGAUCAGAUCAAACUCCUAUCAGGAGGAUACUAUACUAAUGGCCUAUGAGACAGAAGAUCAUGAGACUCAAUACUGCUUUCCUGCCAUUAACUCAUCGUGCAUCAAGACAAAACGCUCCACAAAUGAAUACAAUAUCAUGUAUGUGUUUUUUUCAUUGCUGUCAGUAUGGACUGUGUUUAUGAAUCUGCUGGUGAUCAUCUCAGUUUCUCACUACAAGAAGCUUCACACCCCAACCAACAUGCUCAUUCUCUCUCUGGCUGUGACCGACCUGCUCGUAGGACUUAUAAUUAUGCCCUUGGAAGCCAUCAGGUUGAUUGAGACAUGUUGGUACUUUGGAGACACUUUCUGUAGACUUUUUUUAAUAAUCAUGGGAUUGCUCCUCUUUACAUCUCUAAGCAAUUUAGUUUUAAUAGCUGUUGACCGUUAUGUGGCUGUGUGUCACCCUCUGCUGUACACACAGAAAAUAACAACAACUAAAACAUUAAUUAUUAUCUGCCUUUGCUGGUUAUGCUCUUUAGUUUAUAACAUUGCUAUAGUAGCAAGUAUCUCACAGAGAACAGAUGUGUGUUAUGGUGAAUGCAUUGUUAUGCUUAGUUUUGAAGGGAGAGCUGUCGAUUUAUUCUUUUCCUUCGUAUUUCCUUGUUCCCUGCUCAUAAUUUUGCACUUGAGGAUAUUUUAUGUUGCACAUCAGCAAGUGAAAGUUAUAAACUCUCUGCUGAAGAGAGGAAAAGAUCUAACAGAAGGUUCAGUGAAGAGGAAAUCUGAGCACAAAGCCGCACUGACAUUAGGAAUUAUUGUGGCAAUUCAUUUGCUUUGCUGGAUUCCCUAUUAUAUCUUAACUUUAACAGAAAACACAUUUAUCUCACCCACUGUAGCACAAUUUCUAGUAUGGGUCUUGUAUGUUAACUCAUGCCUGAAUCCGGUAAUUUAUGCUUUAUUUUACUCCUGGUUUAGAACGUCUGUUAAACACAUAUUAACUCUCAGAAUAUUUCAGCAAGCAAACUAUCGAGACAACAUAUUCUCAGAUCAUCAUUCAUGA